ACACGUCGACACGCUGUGAGAUGAGCUAACACAGUGCAGCCUGAGUGCAACUCAACACAUAUUGUCAAUAAAACUUUCCAGACGGACUCAAACAUAUUUUUUUCUGACUGCAUCCUGAAAAGUUUAAUUUAAUUUGUUUAUUUAAAACCGUAACUUUGAGUUUCGUCUUUAAUCCGGCCGGACUGAGGUCAGUAAACAUCCACCGACGUUUGUUUUGACAGCAGGUUUCAGGCUCUCCUGUGAGUGUGUAAGGAUGAAUGAAGAAGAGCUGGUGGAGUACUUCAGGGCUCAGAUGAGGAAAGAUCCGGACAUGGCCUCUGCUGUGGCUGCUAUCCGCACCCUGCUGGAGUUCCUCAAGAGAGACAAAGGUGAGACGAUCCAGGGUCUGAGGGAGAGUCUGACGGGGGCCACAGACUGCCUGACAGGAGUCGACUCCUCUGUGGCCGUGUCCUCAGGAGGAGAGCUCUUCCUGCGCUUCAUCAGUCUCACAUCACUGGAGCACGAGGAUCUGUCCCGCUGCAAGAAGGUGAUGGAGGAGAGAGGAGAACUGUUUCUAGACAAGAUCUCGAUGUCCAGGAACAAAGUGGCGAAGCUCUGUCACACCUUCAUCAAAGACGGCGCUAAAAUCCUGACUCACUCGUACUCCAGAGUCGUCCUCCGGGUUCUGGAAAAAGCUGUAGAUGAGAAGAAACGCUUCUCUGUCUACGUGACUGAAUCGCAGCCUGACUCAGCCGGGCGGCAGAUGGCAGACGCUCUGAGAAAACUCAAUGUGCCAGUAACUGUAGUCCUGGAUGCAGCUGUGGGGUACGUCUUAGAGAAAGUAGACCUGGUUAUCGUUGGUGCAGAGGGAGUCGUUGAGAGCGGAGGCAUCAUCAACAAGAUCGGCACUUAUCAGAUGGCCCUGUGCUCUAAAGCUCACAACAAGCCUUUCUACGUCGUGGCAGAGAGUUUCAAAUUUGUCCGUCUCUACCCGCUCAACCAGCAGGACGUGCCCGAUAAAUUUAAGUACAAAGCCGACACCCUGAAGACGGUACAGAACCUGUCAGAGGAGCAUCCGAUGAUCGACUACACGCCUCCAUCCCUCAUCACCCUCCUCUUCACUGACCUGGGAGUCCUCACCCCGUCGGCUGUCAGCGACGAACUCAUCAAACUUUAUUUAUAACUCUCAAUAAAAUCCAUUUCUCAAAAGGUAAACAAA